GUCACCGAAGCCAGUUUGCAAUUCCAUGCUGAAUAUUCAUUUUAUAGAUUGAAACUUCACAAAAAGUGUGUAUUUUAGAAUAAAAAGCUAUAAAUUAGUUUAGGUGACCAUUUGGUGAAAAAAUCCGGUCAGAGAAACGAUAAGUCUGUUUUGAUAAAAUAUAUCAAUAACCCGGUGAGAUUUCGGACCGAAACUAUGGUCGUAGAGGCGGAACAGCAGCCCCGAAACAAUAAUCAGCCUAGGGCGCACAAGAUUCCAGUUCCAACCAAUUACCGGAGUGCGUCCAAAAUACUUCGGCAAGUUGUCGAAGAGCGUCAGAAUGUUAAGACCCUUGUCCUGCAGGACAAACACUUUCGUAAGGGUAAAGCACUGGCCAUGAUGGACUUGAUACUGGUCAACUUGAAACAGAUUGACGAUAUUUUGAAAAGGACCGGACUGUUGGAAAAGGAACCCCGCUUGAAUCCCUGGUUGGCCAAGGUUUUGGUUGCGGAAAUGAUUUUCGGGAGAGGGGAACUGAAUGGAGAAUCACUUCCGGUUCAGUGCGUCCUGCGUUAUAGAGAGGCACUGCAGGAAGCUUUGGGCCAGUCGGAAGUUGCUCCGGCCAAAUUGCUUGAUUUCAAAGAACCUCGUUACGUGCGCGUAAACACCAGCGUACUGGCCUUAGAGGGUGCUAUUCGACUGUUACAGGAAGAAGGUUGGUACCAGGUUGAGGAGGAAUUCGAAAAUUAUGGCUCUUUUUUGGAACGGGUUAAGACGCUGGGAGAUUCCGAAUUUUUGGUCGACUUUCACUUCAAGGAAGUUCUGGUUUUUCCGAACAGUGCCAAAAACUAUUGGGCUCGGGCCACGGAGCUGAAGCAGAAGUUUGUCCUUCAGAAUAAGGCCUGCGUACUACCGACUCAUUUAUUGAACCCGGCCAAGAAAAGCGUGGUGCUGGACAUGUGCGCUGCACCGGGGCUGAAAACUACCCAUCUGGCGAAUCUGAUGAAGAACAAGGGUCGCAUCUACGCAGUCGAAAGGGAUCCCAAACGAUACAAGCUGCUGUGCGACUAUGUGGCCAAUUUUGGAGCCAUCAAAGCCCUUAACGAAGACUGUCUGUUAAUAGGGGACGAGCAGGCGCCCGGCGUCGAAUACAUCCUGCUGGAUCCGAGCUGUUCCGGUUCCGGGAUGGUCAAUCGUCUGAAGUUGAACGAGGAAAUCGACAAACAACGGCUGUAUAAGCUAGGUGGGCUGCAGUACAAACUCCUCUGUCAUGCCAUGAAUUCAUUUCCCUCGGUCAAACGAAUCGUCUACUCAACCUGUUCGAUUUAUCCGGAAGAAAAUGAGGAAAUCGUUCAGGGUGCCUUGAAACACAAUGGGCACUUUAAACUAAUCGAUGCCCGGGAGCGAUUGGACAAGGAGUGGAUAAACUUUGGGUCUCCAGACUAUCAGGGUAUUGGCGAAAAAUGUCUGUACACUCGGCCGGAGAGUGAUCUCAUGAUUGGGAUGUUCGUGGCAGUUUUUGAACGCUGCGAAGAAGAUGAGUACAAUGAAAUUUAUUUGGCUCACGAGAAACAGAAAGAGAGCUACGAGAACCUCGCCAAAAUGGGUGGCUUUCAAAAGGAUAAAGGUAGAAAGAGGAAACGAAAGACGGAAGAAGUCAAUAGAGAGGAUGAUGAGGAACUGAAUGAAACAACUCCAGAAGUUUUUGAGGAAGAAAUGCCCAUCGAUGAACCGACUGAAAAACUGAAGAAGAAAAAGAAAUCCAAGGAAAUUGUUCACGAAAUGGAAGAACUCCAGCCGGAAGACCUGAAUAAGAUUCCAGAAAACGACGAACCGACGAAAAAGAAGAAGAAAAAGAAUUCCAAGGACAUUGAGGGAGAACCGAUAAAGGCACUGGUUGAGGAACCUAUGCCAGAUGGUGAACCAGUCAAAACGAAGAAGAAAAAGAAAUCAAAGGAGUCCGACGACCAGGUGGAAGAAGUCAUUCCACCCUCCCUGAUUGAGAAAGGAGACGAAUCUAAUCAACAGGAGAAGAAGAAGAAGAAGAAAAAGAAAGUCAAAUCUGAAGACGAGGACGGCGUCCUUCAGGAAGCCACCGAAUCGCAAACAGUUACAGUUGAACCGAGUUCGUCGGUUAAGAAAAAGAGGAAAUCGAAACAUGUUGAUUGACAUCGAUUUUUCUAACGAGCGAAUUUUGUUUAAGUUUACUUUGGGGGCAUAAACAUAACAAAUAUUAUUUUUUAAUAAAAAAAGAAUUACAGAA